CCUUACAUUCUCCUUAUUCUUAUGCCCAAUACUAUUUGUGCUAUCCUAUCGCCCCCACCUAUUAUGGUCGUGUCUAUAUAAUGCGUACCACUAAAGCCUGCGAGACAGACGUGUUCGCAUCUAACUACUCGGUGUUCGCGAUGGGAGUGUUGGCAUCUGCUGCUUUGCUGCUCAUUCUCACACGCUUCUACGAAGUCGACGGAGCUUCCGGUACAAAGUGGGCGGAAGUGUCUGGUAGAUUGCAGAGCGUGGGAAUCGGUGAUUCAGGUGUGUGGGGCGUAACUGCAAACAGUGCCAUCUUCUUCAGGAGAGGCACCCAGUAUCAUCUCGACACGGCCGGACCAUCCUGGGUUCAGGUGCCGGGACAGUUGUCACAGCUCUCUGUGGGUCACGGAGUGCUGUGGGGCGUGAACGUGCUCUUUUUCAUCUUUGUCCGGCGCGGUAUUACUACGUUGACCCCGGAAGGCACACAUUGGGAACGGAUUUCUGGAAGUUUGAAGCAGAUCAGUGUUAAUACACACACUAAUGAAGUGUGGGGAGUCAAUAGCAACAACGUCAUCUACCGUCGUCAAGGCAUAACGAGCACGAAUUAUGUCGGCACGUCGUGGCAGCAACUCGAUGGAUCCCUGACCUCGGUAUCUGCUGGACACGCCGGAGUCUGGGGCACAAAUAGUGCAAAUGCCAUAUAUUACAGAGUGGGGACCGGAAACGGAAUAGGAACGGCCGGUGACAGCUGGGUACAAGUGCCGGGAUCUCUCGUGCGGAUUAGCGUUGGCAUCGGCAUUAUCUGGGGCAUCAACGGCGGCGGCCUCAUCUUUAUUCGUCUUGGCAUAACGGUAUCGAAUCCGACGGGCGUGGGGUGGAACCGUAUACCUGGCCAGUUAGCUCACAUCUCCGUCAACCCUACGACGAAUCACGUCUGGGGUGUGAAUUCAGGUGGCGUCAUCUACCGGCGCCACGGAGUCGUAUCGCCAAUUCACGGGCAUCCAGUCACGGGGAACCUGCCACAUUUGGGAACCAAUUGGAGAAACAUCCCUCUGACCGCUAUUCACGUAGACGUUGGUGCCGCUGGCGUCUGGGUUAUCGGCAGUAACGGUAACAUCUAUGUACGGAGCUACACCCAGGGCCCGGCCGACGUCGAUGGAGUGUCGUGGCUCCUCGUUGGCGGCAGGCUGAUUCAACUAUCCGUCGGCAAAGGUGUCGUGUGGGGCGUCAACUCCGGCUUUAACACCUUCAUCCGUAUCGGAAUCACGAGGGAUGCUCCGACGGGCACGGGCUGGACGAACGCUGGGCGGCAGCUACAGCAGAUCAGCGUAAACAGCGAGACGAACGAGGUGUGGGGCGUUUCGCCUAGCAACGAGAUAUUCAGACGCACCGGCAUCGUCAGCACAUGCGGCCAUAGCAACCUGUUUGGAACCGGCUGGGAAAGGGUCGAAGGACAGUUGAAAGUCGUCUCGACAGGUGGCGCAGGCGUGUGGGGCGUGUCGCCGACGAACGCGAUCUUCUAUCGGCUGGACACGAACAAUUACGGUCAGCUAGGUUCGGGUACGAGCUGGGUGCAUGUCCCCGGCAGUCUGGCAUGGAUCAGCAGCGGAGACGGCUACGUGUGGGGCGUGGCCCCAGACUUUACCAUCUUCGUGCGGAUAGGUAUCACCGCUUGCGUCACCUACGCGCACAGAAAUGGCGUAGGAAUACCGCGAUCCCUAUGCAGCAUUCAGUGCGAGCCAAGCAAGGGACACGUCGACGGCGGUACGCAAACACAAUGCAUGUACUAG